AAAGCUAACUUAUUUGUGAAAUUUAUUGGCCCAAUAUUAUCCAAUAUUAAUCGAUUUAUGUGCAAAUUAUCUAUCUAGGCCCAUUGACAAGACUAUAAGAAGCUCAUUUGAGUUGCCUUCAUCUUGUGAGUCCUAUGAUAAGGUUGUAGUUAAAAUAUCUUCAUACUCGUGUUCACUUGAACUUCUUAAAUCCUAUUCUCUUACUUGAGUUACUUCCAAGGAACUAACAAAAUUUUCAUCCAAAUUUAUGCACUACUAGUUUUAUUAUGGAAGCUACUCAAGAUUUGGCGCACCAAACCAUAGGCACCAAAGAAGAUGGUCCAAGAUCAAAUUUAGCCUUGACAAACCUUAAACACUACAAAAUGUGGCUUAGAAUCAUACCUUACAUCCUAUUUCUUCUCAUAGGCCAAACCACCGGAAUUCUCUUGGGAAGGCUCUACUUUGACAAAGGUGGAAACAGUAAAUGGAUGGCCACUUUUGUACAAACAGCCGGUUUUCCCAUCCUCAUUCCCCUCAAGUUAUUCCUAGUCUCCUCACCAACGUCUCUUCGUCCCCCGGUUUAUAAGCUCACCCUUCUCUACUUUGUUUACGGCCUUCUUGUGGCCGGUGAUAACUUGAUGUACUCUUAUGGACUACUAUACCUCCCUGUGUCUACGUAUUCCUUGUUGUGUGCCUCCCAACUAGCCUUCAACGCGGUCACAUCCUUCUUCAUCAACGCGCAGAAAUUCACUGCCCUAGUGCUUAACUCGCUUGUAAUCCUUACUAUCUCCGCGUGCCUUAUAGCUAUCAAUGCUGAUAAUGAAGCUAACACGAGCAAUAAUACCGGGAAGGGGAAAUUUGCCUUAGGGUUUUUAUGUACCCUUGGAGCUUCCGCGGCAUUAGCUUUCAACGUGUCCGUGGCACAAUAUUCUUUCGAGAAGGUGAUUAAGGACAACUCCCUUAACACCGUGGUAUGUAUGCAACUUUACCCUUUUAUCGUCGCGACUUGUGUUUGUGUAAUAGGGCUCUUUGGUAGCGGGGAAUGGCAUACACUGAACGAAGAGAUGAGGAAUUACAAAAUGGGUGGUGUGUCCUAUGUGCUAACAUUAACUUUCACGGCUAUAAGUUGGCAACUUGCUUCGUUGGGAAUGUUAGGACUAAUUUUUGAGGUUUCAUCCCUUUUCUCUAAUGUGAUUGCCACCUUUAGUUUGCCCUUGGUUCCGAUUUUCGCAGUCGUGUUCUUCCAUGAUAAGAUGAAUGGUGUGAAGGUGAUUUCUAUGAUUCUUGCUAUGUGGGGGUUCCUUUCUUAUAUAUAUCAGCAUUACUUGGAUGAUAUUGAAGCUAAAAAAGCAACAAAAGUAAAGCUUGAUGCUAGCACAGAAUUAUUCUGAUACAGAGUAUACACAGUUUAGUUCAUAUAUUGUGACUUUUUCUUUUAUUUUUUUUAACUUGAUAUUUAAACGAACUUCCAUCAGUUUACUAUAAGAAUUGCGGUAACUUCAGCACUA